AUGGUGAGAAAAUUAAAAUAUCACGAGAAGAAAUUGUUGAAAAAGGUCGAUUUCAUUUCAUGGACUAUCGAUAAUAAUUUGCAUGAAGGAAAGAUUCUUCGACGUUAUCAUAUCAAAAAUCGGCAGCACUAUUCACUUUAUAAUACUUUGGCGGCUGAAGUUCGAGAAAUAGCGAAAAAAUUAUCAGAAUUGCCAGUGAACGACGUAUUUCGGAAAAAAAAAACUCGAGAACUUCUCGAGAAACUUUAUAACAUUGGGCUUAUUCCAACAGCAGAUUCGUUAGAACGUGCUAGUAAAGUUACUGCAUCUUCAUUUUGUCGACGUCGAUUACCUGUAGUAAUGAAACGGUUAGAGAUGGCCGAAACGGUUCGUUCUGCUAGCGAUUUCGUCGAACAAGGACAUGUUCGCGUUGGUGUGGAAUUGGUUACAGAUCCUGCUUUUUUGGUGACGAGAGCAAUGCAGGAUACGGUUACCUGGACUAAAAACUCGAAAAUUCGUACACACGUACUCAAUUACAACAAUGAAAGGGAUGAUUUUUUAUUAUAA